CAGCAGGGGUCGCACUGUGCUGAAGAGAAAUGUCUUGACUCUCUGGUGGCGGUUUGCUGCUUUUCUCUGUUGCUUCUGUUUUUUGUCCUCGGUUUACUUGGCUAACGUUCGGCAAUAAGAUCCAUAAUUCAUCACUUCUGCUAUGAGCGAUACCGUGUUGGCCUUGCAUUAAAGAGCAUUAGGCUUUUCAAGUGAAGAAAAGGGUGGAUAAAAGGGGAGACCACCCUCUCUCGUCUUGCUAAAGGCUUGAUGUCGACACGAGGUUCAGCCAUGAGUGUGUUCCCACCUGUUCGCAAGGACCGCGUCAUCCCGCAGCUCCCUCACUGCUUCCGCAAGGAUGCCGCGCUCCAUGUCGAAAGCGACUUCAACCCCAAAGUGAAAGCUGCAUGCCAGGAGCAGCGCACUGGCACAGUCGGGUUUAAAAUCUCCAAGGUUAUCGUAGUUGGCGACUUAGCUGUGGGCAAAACCUGUCUAAUUAACAGGUUUUGCAAGGACAUUUUUGACAAGAAUUACAAGGCCACCAUCGGCGUGGACUUCGAGAUGGAGCGCUUCGAGGUGCUCGGCGUUCCUUUUAGCUUGCAGCUGUGGGAUACGGCAGGUCAGGAGAGAUUCAAGUGUAUCGCUUCAACGUAUUACAGAGGAGCGCAAGUUGUGAUCAUCGUGUUUGAUGUUACUGAUGUGGCGUCUUUGGAGCACACCAGGCAAUGGCUUGAAGAUGCCCUGAGAGAGAACGACCCCACAGCAGUUCAGCUGUUUCUUGUUGGCACCAAGAAAGAUAAGAGUUCACCUGCUCAGUACUUGAAGAUUGAACAGGACGCCCUUCAGGUGGCGCAGGAGAUGCGAGCAGAGUACUGGGCGCUCUCAUCUCUGACAGGGGAGAACGUGAAAGAGUUCUUUUUCCGGGUGGCAUCGCUGGCGUUCGAAACAAAUGUCCUUGCUGAGCUGGAGAAGAGCGAAACGAGGCAAAUAGGCAACAUCAUCAAAAUCCAGAGCAAUACUAGCAACCUAUAUAACACAUCCAAGAAGAAGAAACAACCGGCCUGCUGUCAGUGAUGCCGCACUGGAAAGUGGAAGGUGCAAAAGGGAUAAAAAGGACGCUGCUGUGGUGAAACCGAGAGAGGGAAGAUGUCAGAUUUUCCUGGCUUGGAGAACACUUUUUCCUCACGCGGUGCUAGCUUGUGAGUUCACAUGUGCAUUGGGAAUUACAGUGGUAUGAAAAAGUAUCUGAACCUUCAGGAAUUUCUCACAUUUCUGCAUAAAAUCACCAUAAAAUGUGAUCUGAUCUUUGUCAAAAUCACACAAAUGUAAAAACAGUGUUUGUUUUAACUAAAACCACCCAAACAUUUACAGGUUUUCAUAUUUUAAUGAGGAUAGCAUGCAAACAAUGAAGGAGGGUAAAAAAUAAGUAAGUGAACCCUCUGCGUAAGGAGACUUAAAGAGCAAUGGAAACCAAUGUUUACCAAACAGUUUAAGUCAAGUGUGUGCCCAAUCACUGUUGAGGUUUAAAGCUGCCCUGCCCACUAUAAAACACACACCUGGUAAGAAUUGUCUUGAUGAGAAGCAUUGUCUGAUGUACAUCAUGGCUCGGUCAAAAGAGCUGUCUCAAGACCUGUGAUCGAGGAUUGUUGAUUUCAGGGGUUGCGUUAACCGAAUAUUUUCCGUCGGUGACCGGUUUUUUAAAACGGUGACGGAAAAAACUCAUUUUGACAGGUUGCAAUUCACACCCUAGACCACAGGGUGGCGAGUGAGCACAUUAAUUAGCUAUUGUCUCUCUUAAUGCAUGACGUCGUUGGCUAUUCUGUCAGAAUAUUGUAGCGUCACCGGGGUCUGGCGGCGGCACCGUGAUUGACACAUCAACGCGAGGUUCUUAUUGGUGCACCCGGUGUGCCAGCGCGUCGUCCAAUUGGUGGACUAGAUUGCCGCCUGUGUAUAGACCCCAAUCACAUGACAUCACAACUCCGCCCCCCUGACUGGAGCCGCCAUAUUGUGUGUCAGCUCGUCUUGUUUACACAUUACCGCUACGUACAUGCCUCCUAUUACGGCGUGUUUUUCUGCUCGUUAACAUUAAUAAUCAAAAUGGUGAAGGCGUGUGUGGCGGUUGGUUGCAGUAACAGAGAAGAUAGACGGAGAGACUUGAAGUUCUACCGUAUUCUGAGAGACCCGAAGAGGAGAGCAAGAUGGACUGCUGUAAUUCGACAAGAAGUCUGGGCACCAAACGAUCACCACAGACUAUGUAGUAGUCAUUUUAUAUCUGGUAAGAUGCAUUUAAUAUAUAUUUAGAAGAUUUUGGGCUGACAACCACAAUCAAGAUCAUUGUGUGACGUUGGUGAUUGGGGUCUAUAUAGUUGCCUCUUUUUCUUUGGGGGCGGAGUUGUUGUUUUGUUGGUGUUGUUGGCGGUAAGUAGAGUAAAAAGAGGAAGAAAAAUACCACGACUUCCGUGUCUAAUUUUUCACCGCCAAGCAAGCGUUACAAUAUUAAUUAAAAAUGAAUGAAAACUAAAUACUAUUGAAUAUGUCAUCAUUAUCAUUUUAAAAAUUUAAGUGACGGGUAAAAAUAGAUUAUGACCGGAUUUUUAUGACCCUGUCAGUCAAAAUGACAGACAACGAAAAUGUCUCGCGCAACCUUUGGUUGAUUUGUAUAAAGCUCGGAAAGGAUACAAAACCAUCUCUUAAAGUCUGGAUGUUCAUCAAUUGACAAUCAGAGAAGUUGUCUACAAAUGGAGAGUUUGGCACUGUUGCUUCUCUCCCAAGGAGUAGCCAUCCACCAAAGAUGACGCCAAGAGUUUAGCGCAGAAUAUUCAGAGAGGUAAAAAGAACCCUAGAGUGUCUGCUAAAGACUUACAGAAGUCACUGGCAGAGUCUAUCUCUGCACACAUCAACUCUAUGUAAAACAUGGCCAAGAAUUGUGUUCAUGGGAGGACUCCAUGGGGAAAGCCACUGCUAUCUAAAAAACAUUGUUGCUCGUUUAAUGUUUGCAAAAAGGCACUUGGACACUCCACAGACGUUUUGGCAAAAUAUAUUGUAGACUGCUGAAAACAAAGUUGAAUUGUUUGGGAGUAACACACAAUGUCAUGUGUGGAGGAAAAAUGGAACAGCUCACCAACAUCAACCUCACCCCCACCGUGAAACAUGGUGGACGGAGCAUCAUUUUUGGGGGGUGUUAUGCUGCCUCAGGGCCUGGACAACUUGCAAUCAUUAAUGGAAGAAUGAAUUCAAAAGUUUAUCAGGAUGUUUUGCAGGAAAACCUGAGGCCGUCUGUCUGACAGUUGAAGCUAAAAAAGAGGAUGGAUACUGCAACAAGACAAUGAUCCAAAACACAGAGGUAAAUCAACUUCAGAAUGGUUUCAGAAGAACAAAAUACAUGUUCUGGAGUGGCCAAGUCAAAGUCCAGACUUGAACCGCAUUGAGAUGCUGUGGAAUGACCUAAAGACAGCUAGCUAUUCAUGCCAGACAUCCCAGGAAUCUGACUGAACUAUAGUAGUUUUAUAGAGAAGAACGGGCCAAGAUUAGUCCUGAUCGAUAUGCCAGACUGAUCUGCAGCUACAGGAAGCGCCUGGUUGAAGUUAUUACUGCCAAAGGGGUGAGGGGGGGGCACAAAAUAUUAAAUGAGAUGGUUCUCUUAUUUAUUUUCCCCCCCUUCUGUCAUUGUUUGCAUACCAUCCUCAUUAAGAUAUGAAAAUCUACAAAUGUUUGGUGGUUUUAGUUAGACAGUUUUUUUCAUCUGAGUGAUUUUGACAAAGAUCAGAUCACAUUUGAUGGUGAUUUUAUGCAGAAAUGGGGUUCAGAUACUUUUUCAUACCAAAUGCGUCACUUUCUGUGAAAAAUUCCAAGCGUGCAUGAAUGUAGCACAACAAGUUACAUCAUCCCUUUUAUUAUUGAUGUAAAAUCUUUGGCUGCCAUUGACAGCGAUAGAUGUCCAAUAUUUUUUGAGUCCAAAGUCAAAAAAGAGUUCAAAUGUCACUCACUCUGCCCUACUAUACUCUAGUCCUUCCCGUCCUCCUUCUUGAAUGUCUAUUGACGUCAGUGGUACUGAAUAAGUUGCAAAAGGAAGGAAAUGUUUCUGACUAGUUAGAGAAAAGUGAUGGAUGGUUCACAGGUAAAAAAACCCCCAAAAGAACAAAGAACACUAAUUUACAAAAUAAGAUGAGGGUUUUUUUAGAGGUAAAAAUGACAAUUCUUUUGGGAUAACAUUAUAUUAAUGGGAAAAAACAUACGUAAGUAUUAAACAUAACCUAUUAAACAUAAAUAUUAAAAAUAUUUGUGCCCCCCACCCGACAAGUAAGAAAAGACUCAAUUCUUGAUGAAUACAACACUUUCUAAACAACAAAAGCUUAUUUUUCUCGCAAAAAUAUGGCAUACAUUUUGAAAAGAAAGAAAAAAAAACACCGGUGCACAUGUGUAUUUAAAACUUGGACCAUAUUCAUGCAUGGUUCACCACUUUUUCUGAUGAAAUUCUCUUGAAAAACAUUACUUGAUCCUUGUAAAAAUACUACUUUAUUGCAACACGUACCUAGUUCGUUAUGAGAUUCCUUUUAUGUUGUUGGGAAACAAAAUUCUCUUUGUCAUAAGACUGUCAAAAUGAUGUAACACCUGUCAUGAAUAUGAAUGAGGGCUUAUCACAAAAUGUCAUUUAGUCAAUUACGGUAUGUCACGUUUGAUGCAAUAUUGAGAUUUUUUUCAAAUGUCUUUGGGUUGGGAUUAGAGUUUAGGAACUGUGUUCGGGUUAGAGAACCUAAUGGUAAUGUUGGGUUAUGGUUUGUCAAUGAUGUCAAUAACUAAAUUAUUUCGCCAACGAAUAAUUUUUUCGUGACCAUAAUGAGCUAAAAACUUACCUUGGGAGACUAAAACAUAACGAGACGAAUUCCAGUUGUCGUCUGACGAGACGGUGAACAAAAACGAUCCAAUAACGAAUAAACACAAAAGACCUCACCGAAAAAGCGGGAGUGUAUCAAACUGGCGAUCAAAAUGCAAACGAGCGUGAAUGGCGAGCAAACAGCUAGCGAGGAGGAACGCGACAGAAUGCUGCCAAAUUGCGACCUCAUAGAACGUUGACAUCGGCAGGUUUAUGAAGCCUGGCGCCUCCUUCCGUGGCCAAUCAGCGAUGGUGACGUCGUCGGUCCGUCCUGCGUCGAUCAGCUGUCGUCACAGUGGGAGGGGAAGCAGCCAGCUGGUGGAGGCGACGAUCAGCUGACUGGAAGAAUCUCUGAAAAUUAACUAUUAAACGGCCAGGGGCCGUCACAGUUAUAAUAAACAAAUUCAGUACAUACGUGCAGUAUGUUGAAUGUGUAUAUCCAUCUUGUGUCUUUCCAUUCCAACAAUAAUUUACAGAAAAAUAUUUUAUAGAUGGUCUGAAUUGCGAUUAAUUGCGAUUGAUUACAAUUAAUUAAUUUUUAAGCUGUGAUUAACGCGAUUAAAAAUUUUAAUCGUUUGAUUAAAUUGUAUAUAAAACUUUUGGCAAUUUCUAUCAUGUCUUGAUGGCUGCACUGCAUGGAUGGCACUUCAGCUCGCAAUUCAGUUUGACAUAAAGGUAGUUCGUUACAUCAUUUAAAGAUAGAUUCAAGUGAAGAUUUUGCCGAUUUAGGACUAUUUUAGAUAAAAAGUUACUUAAGUUUGCUAGGAAGGUUCACUACAACAGAGCCUUUCUGAGAAGUCUACUGCUUCCAAAUGGCGGCUGUUUAUUAAUGCCGCCGUCUGACAUUUCGCAUGUAGUUCAAUAAGCAUGUGAUAUCUAGGCGUAGAUUGUAGGCUGUCGGCAACAGUCAGGAAAUAUUGGAGCCACCUAGCCUAGCAUCGCGUUUGCUACCGCGUCACAACAAACACUCUUCUCUCUGUGUCGCUGACUUUUCUCGCGUCAUUCAACCAACGUAGCAACGCAUCGUAACGCACAUUUCCUCGUUGCCGAAACGGUGACAAAAUCCGAACGGAGGGGAAAAAAAACAUAAUGCAUGAAAAAUGUACAGAUUUUGAACGUACGCCGUACACAUUUUAAAAAACAGUGCUCACUUGUACAAAUUACGCCGAAACCGUUAAACUUGAGAGAUAUGCUGUUAUUCAAUAAUGCUUCCAUACAGGAGUACUCAGACGUCUCACAUGGGUAAAGGAUAGCUGCGCUCUAGUUUGGCCCUCGUAAGGCUGUAAGUUACUUUAGCUAAUAUAUAUUUGUGUAUGAAUGUGUAAUUAAGGUUAGAGCUACAGUUUGUGGAGUUACGUGUUAGCAAUUUGUUAUCAGAAUUGUAAAUACACAUUAGUAGCAUUUAAGCUAGCAGAGUGUAAGCGAAGCAAGUUAGGCUGAUUUAAUCCACUAAAUUUACAUAUUAAUCACACUAGAUGGACGUUUGAACACCAAUCAUUUUGUGUCGAGUGUUUCAUUGUUAAAAUGCAUGUCGUUUUGAACAAAGACGUGUAGAUGCAGUAUGUGUGUUACAUCUCUACAAAUUGUCAAAAGUGAAGGAAGUAUGGGGCUUCAAAAAGUACAAUUGCUUUGUUUGCUGGUUGUCAAGCUGAACAACUUCACAUUUAGUGAGGACAGAACAAUUCGUGUCAAUAAAGUAAAGUAAAAAAAUAAGAUACUGUGAGGUACAAUUAGGUACUGUUUGUGCUACUUUAAGAAAAAACAAAAAAGACGAAUCAAAAUGGCGAACGAGACUCCAGCGUCAUAAAGUCGAGUACGUUGUGACCCGGGGAAUACCUGUAGUUGUAAUCCUUUAUUUAUUUAUUUGUUUAUUGAGUAAAACUUUAGAAUCGUACAAAUGAAAACAUUCUGAAUAAGCAUCAACUAAAAUAAGACGAAAUUAGUCUUGAGUUUUUUUUUCGACAAAAAUUAGACGAAGACAAACCCAUUUAGAAAUGACUAAAAUAUGACUGAGACUAAUAAGUAUUAUUGUCCAAAAAACUAAGACAAAAAUGAAAAAAUGGCUGCCAAAGACAACACUGUGUAAUAGGAUAUGUAAUAAGUAAUCACUAAUAUUCAUGACAAUGUCAUGUCAUAAUUAUGACGGUCUUAUGACAGAGUUCAAAUAAAGUGUUACUACAAAAAUAUUUCUUGAAAAUAUACAAAUAUUAUUCAUCUAGGCUUGUCGUGAUGGACUCGAGCAUGCUUGAUAUUUUUGUUUGCCGCCUACUGAACAAGGGGAGAAGUGGACAUAUAUUAGUAAAAUUAAAAGAAAAUGCACUAGAUAAAAGUGAAGACAAUUACAUAAAGGUAUUUUAAAAUGUAUUAAAGUAGAACAUACAAAAUGUCAUUUUUCAGUGGCAUAGAUCAGUUUACAUGUGUACAAAAAGAUGUUUUUACAUGUUUAGUACCUGUUUUUCACAUAAGACUCGCACUGCCACCGCCAAGCCAAAGAAUCACCGUGUCAGUGGAAAUUCGGACAGCUAACAUGAUUGUGGAGGGACUGCUUCAUUAAAGCUGAAUUCAAAGGGGGGAGAAAAAGCACUAUUUAUUUGCCUUUUUUUCUCAUUUUCUGUCAAUAACAUAUAAUAAAACUUCAAACCUUCAACACAAACUUUAUUUAGUAACUAUAACUUUAUGUACACUUUUGUUGCCGUUAAGUGUUAAAAACGUUCGGAAAUGUUUUGUCGUGUUACAUCGGUGAUGUUGCAAUAGUCUGCAAUAAAAUAUUUUUAUGAAAGGAAUGUUAUGGAACAUGCAGUCAAAGUCAUUGUGACCACACUCAUGAUUUCUUGAAGCUUUUGAAGGAGUCCAAACAUUUUUGAUCGAUUUGUUUCUGGAGCUCCGCAGGGAUGCAGUGCGAGCAUUUGUAAUUGUCUUGAAUCCACUUGCCUCCUUCCGUAUUCUCCAUAGCCACAGCGGCAACACCUGCACGACAAAAAGAACGCAACCUAAUUUUAGUUCGCGCCGUAUCAUGACACGACAAGAGUUGCAAUGAAAGUUGUGAAAUUGGGACAAAAAAAAUUACUUUUUCCAUUUAAAGUGGUAGUUCAGAAUUUUUAACAUUAGGCUUAAUCUUAUAAUUAGCAGGGGUUUUAUUAGUUGUUGGGGUUGAUUUAAACAAAUUCUGUGCCAUUUGUAAGUUUAUUUGUUAGUUUAAGGGCUCAGGAGUGGCUAAGCUAGCGCGAGUCAAAUGCACCUUCCUAGCCUAGCAUGCCAAUAAAAAAACAAUAAAGUUCUA